AUGGAAGACAAAGCGAGAAAUAUAGUCACCCGUCUGGCAGAAUCUCUGGAUACUGUCUAUCAUGGAUUUAGCUCCAUGACUCCAACGGUCUAUGAUACGGCGUGGUUGUCCAUGGUCACCAAAAAGGAGAUUCGUGACGAGGUUAAAAUCACAUAUUGGCUCUUCCCGGAGUGUUUCCAGGCUGUGCUGGAAGACCAGUCUCCAGACGGGGGAUUCUGCCCCAAUGGUGCGCACGUUGAUGGAAUUCUAAGUACAAUGGCGGCGGUUUUAACGCUCUACCGGCACCAGAAAUAUCCCCUUAUCCAGAAUUGCUCACAGUCUUCUUCUGAUUUGCAGGAAAGAAUCAGCAAAGCGUGUGCGUACUUGGACCAAGCCUUAAAGGUGUGGGACGUGAAGUCGACCGUGCAAGUAGGCUUUGAGAUUCUCGUUCCCAGCCUGCUAUGGUUGCUCGAAAGAGAAGGGAUAAGCUUCAACUUCCCUGGGCGCAAAGCCCUCAUGGCUCUUCACCGGCAGAAAGUGAACAAGGUGAAGCCAGCCGUGCUUUACACGCAUCAUAAAACUACACUGUUGCAUUCGCUAGAAAGUUUCAUUGGUAGUUUAGACUUCGACAAAAUGUCGCACAGUCUCAGCUAUGGGUCGAUGAUGGGCUCAUCAUCAUCCACUGCCGCAUACUUGAUGAAUAAUUCCGACUGGGAUGAGGAAGCAGAAAAGUAUUUGCGAUUUGUCGUUGCAACAACCAAGGGAAGGGUUCCUUCUGCCUUUCCUAUCAGCGUAUUUGAGGUCUCAUGGGUUCUCUCAACCUUGCUGAGGUCGGGUUUUACAGUAGAUUCUCUUGGAACAGAAAACAUUUCAAAGAUGGCAAAUUAUCUUGAAGCCCAAUUGGAGGAAGGCAAUGGAGUCACUGGCUUUGACUUUGAAAAUAUAGCCCCCGGAAUGCUUGCUGACGCAGAUGACACUGCAAAAAGCAUUUUCUCUCUCGAACUUCUUGGCCGCGCUACUAACUGCGACGCCAUGUUUAAGGCGUUUGAGAGUUCUAGCCAUUUCAAAACAUACAAUUUGGAGACAAAUGAGUCUUUUAGUGCCAAUUGUAAUGUGACUAUCGCGCUUCUUGGAUCAAAAGACCCAUCCCGGUAUAUCCCACAGAUCUCAAAAGCGAUGGAAUUUCUCUGCAACGCGUGGGAAAAUGGACAAUGGAGUGAUAAAUGGGUAAGCACGCUCAGCCAUGCCUACAUUAGAUGUUACAAGCCGGUCACAACACUAACUGAAAUGCAGAACAUUGAACCUCAAUAUGCCAUGAUGGUUUUUGCAGAAGCUCUUUCAAGUGCUAUCGAGCACUGGAAUAAUGGGUCCUUGCAGGGCCUUGAUCCCAAGCUUCUUGGAGAUCAUGUUCCUCUGAUCACUCUGCAGAUUGCCGUCCGUACUCUGAGCUCACAAUCUGAUUCUGGAGCGUGGAAAGAAUCUGCAGAGAUAACAGCCUAUGGGUUGCUGACUCUGAAAGCACUAUCCAAUUUGCCUUGGGUGAGAAUAGGGGUGGGCUGCAAAGUUAACGAAAGCAUCGACCUAGGCUCCAAUUAUCUGCACGCCAAUAGCGACAGCUGGACCACUCCUGCCAUGAUCUGGGUCGAGAAGGUAAAUUUUGGCUCAGCUGUCCUUUCGGAGACCUAUUGUUUAGCUGCUCUCAAGGCAAUUCCCUCCACUUCCAGCUGGUCCGAAGCCGUCCUGGAGCUGUGUAAUAUUCCCUCAAAGAGGCUCGACCACUUUUGCUUGUUCUUUCAGCAUCUGCCCAUUUUCAAAGAAGAGCCUACUUGGAGGCUCCGGGCCUCAGUCGUCGAAGGCUAUUUGCUAGCACCCACUUUACAGCGUGCCACACUUGAGCUUGACAUCUUCCCUCGGGUGGAGGGCAAGUAUCUUGAGUACAUCCCUUUUACGUGGACGACAUGCAAUAACGCGGCCAGCUUUGGCCUCUCAACACAGACUAUCAUUGAGAUGAUGGUCAUCUCGCUGCUUAAUUUUCAAGUUGACAAGUGGUUUGAGGACACGACGGAGGAUACGCGCCUUCAAGGCGAUUUGCAGGCUCUCAAAGCCACCAUCAGACAGCUCUUUAAUGAGAACAUGGAAGAGCGUAAAAGGCCGAUGCAGUCGACUUGUCAUCAAAAGCACCGCCAGCUAUCAAAUGACAAAGCGACACAUGGCCAUGAUUUUGCCAAUACUCAGAUGAAUGGAAACGGCACAUUUGAUUUAGCAGCGGAUAGCGAUGGAAAGACCUCUUUGCUCGUUGAAGCGAAGAUCACACUCUCCAAUUUCGUCAGAUAUGUACUUGGAAAGGUAUCAGCUGCUUCAACGCCAGAUCACCUGCGUCGGCGAGUCCGACAUGAGCUAUACAUCUUCCUCCUAGCACAUGUCACGCAGGGUGAAGAUAAUGUGCGGCUAGCCAAGUCCGACAUGGAACAACAGACUUCAUAUGCAUUUGCCUCGACAGGCACAUACUAUGACUGGGUACGGACCACCUCAGCAGACCACACCAGCUGCCCGUACUCAUUUGAGUUUUUCCGUUGUUUGGUGUCCUCGUCGGCCUGCAAAGGUGUAGAUUGCUUCUCUGGAGCCCGCGCCCAGUAUCUAGCCCAGGAUGUCUGCCGUCAUUUGGCCACCAUGUGCCGGCAGCACAAUGAUUAUGGAUCCAUCGUCCGUGACCGCAAAGAGAAAAACCUCAAUAGCAUCAAUUUUCCUGAGUUUCACCUUCUAGAGACAGAAGGAGAAGCACAUGAAGACCACAAAGCUAAACAAGCGUUAUUGGAGAUAGCCAUAUACGAGCGCGAGUGCCUCCAGCUUGCUGGCAAAAGGCUGUCUUCUGAGGUGACCAAGUCUACAUGGAAAGCUUGGAGAGUUUUCAUUGACGUGACUGACCUCUAUGGUCAAAUCUAUGUAGUAAGAGACAUCAAUUCGGGGGGCCGCGAGUAG